UCCAGUUUGACUUUCUAUUCAACCAAUCAGACGGUGAUGAUCAGCAGAAGGGGCAGGCGAGCCCCAACUGGCGACUCUCUGAUGCGCUGAACUUGAACUUCUCUUCUUCUAAUGUUGAAAAACAAUUAGCAGAGUAGUAAUAAGAUAGCUGGAUCCCGCAAUUAGAGCAAGUAAAUAUCAGCAGAUUUGACUCUUCUUCCCCCCUCUUAUAUAUUGGCCCUCCAAAACAAAUCAUUAUCAAAAAGCAAUACCCUUUUCUUCCCUAGAGAGGAAACUUCUCUCUCUUUUCCUCUGUUUCUCUCUCAUUUCUCUGUUUUCCGUCACUUGUCUCAAUCUCAAGUUCUCUGGAUUCCGUUUUCCCAUUUCUGAUCUCAUAAAAGCCCCUCCAGAUUCCAGUACCUGGAAAUUAAAGAUGUUCAUCCCACGAACCUGAAUUCGAAGGUCGACCCGAUUGUUGAUUCCAGAAAUCCUGAUCUGGGUAUUCCCCUGUUUUCCAAGAAGAUGGCUCCAAGCUCGGUGGUUGUCACCAUCGAGAAGCCAAACAACUUAUCUGUAGUCCAAAUCAACGCCGCCACCGCCGGCGACGAUUCGCCAUUGCUUCCUGCCGACAAGCAGAAAGCGGCGAGCCCCAAGCAGUUCACCUUCUCCAUUCUGCUCAAAAUCUACAGAGCAUUCAGUUGCAUCUCAUGGCUCGCAGUCGGAUCCAAUUCCCUCUUCAAAUCGAUCAAGAAGAGGGUCUCCCAAUCCGAGGCCUCAGCCGACGAAGUAGAGGAGCAGGACAUGGAGCCCAGAAGUAGAGGGAAGUUAUACAACUUUAUUAAAGCGUUUCUCGCCAUCUCAAUCGGCGCACUCGUGGUGGAAGUCGUGGCUCACUACAACAAGUGGAAUUUGAAUCUCGUCCAGCCGCCGUGGGAAGUUCAGGGGCUAGUCCAAUGGUCUUACAUGGCCUGGCUCUCGUUCCGACUCGAUUACAUUGCUCCCACUGUGAUGAUGCUCUCCCAAUUCUGCAUCGUCUUGUUCUUGAUUCAGUCUCUGGAUCGGCUCGUGCUCUGCCUCGGCUGCUUCUGGAUCAAGUUCAAGAAAUUGAAGCCCCAAAUUAACGGCGACGAUUACGAUGUCGAGGACCCUUCUAGUUUCCCAAUGGUUCUUGUCCAGAUUCCAAUGUGCAAUGAGAGAGAGGUUUACGCGACAUCAAUUGGGGCGGCCUGCCAGUUGGAUUGGCCCAGAGACAGGCUGUUGAUUCAAGUUCUUGAUGAUUCAGAUGAUCCGAAUCUGCAGCUUAUGAUCAAUGAAGAGGUUCAUUCAUGGCGGCAGAAGGGGAUUAAUAUCAUUUACAGGCAUAGAUUGAUUAGAACAGGGUACAAAGCCGGCAACCUUAAAUCGGCAAUGGGAUGUGAUUACGUUCAGGACUACGAAUUCGUUGCCAUUUUGGAUGCCGAUUUCCAGCCCAACCCAGAUUUCCUCCAACUCACGAUCCCCCACUUUAAGGGGAAGCCAGAGGUGGGUUUGGUGCAAGCUCGUUGGUCGUUUGUGAACAAAGAUGAGAACUUGCUGUCAAGGCUACAGAACGUGAACCUAUGCUUCCACUUUGAGGUGGAGCAGCAAGUGAACGGCAUGUUCUUGAACUUCUUCGGGUUCAAUGGGACCGCAGGGGUGUGGAGGAUCAAGGCGUUGGAGGAUUCCGGCGGUUGGCUUGAGAGAACCACGGUGGAGGACAUGGACAUUGCAGUAAGAGCUCACCUGAAUGGGUGGAAGUUCGUGUACCUCAAUGAUGUUAAGGUUCUUUGUGAGUUGCCGGAGUCGUAUGAAGCUUACAAGAAGCAACAGCAUCGGUGGCAUUCUGGGCCUAUGCAGCUCUUCCGCCUCUGCCUCCCUGCCAUUCUCAAAUCCAAGCAGAUAUCAAUGUGGAAGAAGGCCAACUUGAUCUUCCUGUUCUUCCUAUUAAGAAAACUAAUCCUGCCCUUCUACUCCUUCACUCUAUUCUGCAUCAUACUCCCACUAACCAUGUUCAUCCCAGAGGCAGAGCUGCCACUCUGGGUAAUCUGCUACGUCCCCAUUUUCAUGUCAUUCCUCAACAUCCUCCCAUCCCCCAAAUCCUUCCCUUUCCUUGUCCCCUACCUCCUCUUCGAGAACACAAUGUCGGUCACGAAGUUCAACGCCAUGGUCUCGGGCCUGUUCCAGCUUGGAAGCUCGUACGAGUGGGUCGUCACCAAGAAAACCGGGCGGUCGUCGGAGUCGGACCUGCUAGCCCUGGCCGAGAGGGAAUCCAAGUUGGCUCCUGCCACGGUGGGCGAGGAGAAAACGACAAUGUUGAGGAGGCACUCGGAGUCCGGCCUGGAGCUGCUGAGCAAGCUCAAGGAAGUGGAAGCCGAGGUGGCUGGGGCGCCGAAGAAGAAGAAGAACAGGUUGUACAAAAAGGAGCUGGGGCUGGCUUUCUUGCUUCUCACGGCAGCUGCCAGGAGCUUGUUGUCGGCUCACGGAGUUCACUUCUACUUCUUGCUGUUCCAAGGGCUGUCGUUUCUCGUUGUUGGGUUGGACUUGAUUGGGGAGCAAGUUAGCUGAAAAUAGAGGGAAUUGCGGGUUGUCAAUUUAAUUGAUUGAUUUCGUUUUGGACCGGGGCAUGUUAUAAGCCAAUGUUUUUUGUGCUUAUACGAAAGGAAUGAUUUGGUGAAGUGGAGUAGGGGAUGGUUGAGUGAAAUCGAGAUCAAAUGGUCUCGAUUGGGUUGGGGUAAUAUAUGACGAGUGGAAGGAAAAGAGACGAUAGAUAGGAAAACUUUUUUUGGUUUUGUUUUGUGAUUUGAAACAGUUAAUUAGAUUCAAAUUGAGUUUGUACAAUGUAAUUUUUAUUCAAUGUAUCAAUAAUAGUAAUUAUAAUUUAUAACA